ACAGGUAUUUCAAUACAAUAGUAGUUUACUUUUCAAUAGACUUAUAAGGUGUGUAUUUUUAGAACGCCGGUCUGGGUUGGGUUAAAUCUUGUUGUUUCCUCCAAGAAAUUGGUUCACUGGGAUAUUCCAGGAUUUCGGAGUCGGUAUAAACUUGGAACGGGGAAAGAACUUGGCCCCGUAGCUGAAAAAGUGGACGAUCCAGGUUAUUUUCGGGGGUGGGUCCAAAAAAUGAGGCCUCUGUGUGUCGUUUCGUUCCUGGCUAUCAUAUAUCAAUGUGCGCAUGCUCAGAGCACAUGUCCAGCGACUGGUGCCGACUGUACAUACAACAAGGUAGCCGUAAAGCCAGCAACAAACAAUGAACCCAACAGGCAUUACUACAUAGGCGGUCUGUUCGGUAUUCACGAAAGAACCAACGAUGCCUACGCAUGCGACAAUGCUCCGAUUCGAGAAGAGGAACUCAUCAACUUGGAAGCGUUUCUCUGGGCCAUAGAUAGAUACAAGAGCAUUCAUUCCAACAUUUCCAUAGGCGGGGUGGCUUUUGACACUUGCUCUCGUUACCAAAAAACCAUAGAAGAUAUUCUCAGUUUUGAAACUUGCAAAAUUAGAGUUUCUGAUGUGAACCCACCCACGCCACGAAAUCUGUUGGCAUACAUUGGACCAGGCGACAACUACGACGCCAUGUCAUCUGCACGACUUCUAAAAGAUAUGAAUAAAACACAGGUUAGCUACGGAGCCUCGACCAAUCUGUUGUCCAACAAGGGUGAAACUUACGAUUUCUUCCUGAGAACUGUUCCCAGUGAUGCAAUCAACAUAAAAGCUUUGAGCACGUUGAUAAGUAGUACAUUAAAUGCAAAGUAUGUACAGGUUCUUCACACGAAGGAUGACAUCGGAAUGGCUGAGUACAUGAAAUUCAAAGAAGAGGCUGCAAGUUCGGGUAUUUGCAUUGUCUAUCAUUCUGGCUUUUCUGCAGAUCCAUCAGCUUCAGAAAUCAUGACUAUAGCUGAUGCUGUGUUUGAUAAAGUUAAAACUAGGCAUGUUGUUGUCCUGGCUCCGGAAUCUCAGGCCAAAAAUUUCCUGUCUGAAAUGAAAAACAGAAAUCCGAAUAAAUUUACACAAUUGAUUUUCUUUGGAUCAUGGAAUCCCAGAGCUAUAAUGGGACUUGAAGUAAACGCGUACACUACUAGCCUCCAAAGCCCUUCCAACUAUGACACUGAUGUAAAUAGCUUUUAUUUACAUUUAGACAAUUUGAAGCCUGGAGAAAACUCAAAAAACAGAAAGUGGUACGAAGAAUACUUUAGAUCCAAAGUAGGUUGCAACAGUUUAAACUGCGACUACACCAAUAAAACUAUACUCGGUAAAUAUCAGAAAAGCCCACAUGUCCCGUACAUUCUUGCUGCGGUAAAAGCAGUUAUUCAGGGGGUCAAAAACGGAGCCACCAAGGCAUGCACUUCAGGCGACCUCUGUUCCAACUAUCUUAACGUUAACAAUCGUGGUCAGCAGAUCUACACUGGAAUAAUCAACACCACUGAUCUAAGUGUGCCCUACUUUCAAACAAGCGGAAGCAUGAAAGGCGAUGCUUCCAAUUCAUUGAGCAAUUUGAAAAUACUUUUAUAUGAUGCAUCAAAAAGUGAAUCCAUCGAGGUUGCAACUUACAACCCCAGUUUAGGUCUGCAAUUAGAGAAGACUAUAACAGCAUACUCAUCCUCUUGUCCAAGCUCACCCUGUCUGGAAUGCAACGAGUUACCUGUAACAACAACUUCAACAGCCAGUCCGACGUCACGUGUCACCGUUUCCACGACAACAGAUCCCACGGAAGGUGGGAAAUACGCACUGCUGAGAUUUCCUUAUAACGAGGAGAUGACCGGGAUUUUCCCUCCGUCCGGAAGCAGAGAUCUAUUUGAUACCAGAUUCAAAACUGGUCAAAGAUGGAUCAUUGCUCUGGGUGUUUUGGCUGGAUUGGGUGUUUUAGCUGUGCUUAUUUUUGAGGUGUAUAUUCUAUACAAGUUGCUUGGAACACGAAUUGGGCGACAGUGGCGUACCAUGUGGUUAGGCCAGUUGUUAUUACUUGGGAUUUUCUUGUCUUAUUUGACUCUCUUUGCUUUUAUUGUCAUUCCGACAGAUGUCACUUGUGGUAUAACGAGAUUUGGGGUAGGUUUCUGUUACUCCAUUCUUUUUGCUGUCUUGUUAGUCAAACUCAUGGUUUUGUUAACAUCGAAAUCCUCCGACUCCAUUCUCGCCGAUAUGGAAUCACCAAACUACCUCAAGGGUAUUUACCAAUUCUUGAUGUUUAUGUUUGCUGUUGGUGUUCAAGUUGUAAUAAACGUACAGUGGCUCAUUCAGGUCCCACCUUAUGCCGUCAAAGUCACGGCAAACUACGGAGGAGAGGAGUGGAUUUGCAAUCAUUUUACUUGGCAGGCCAGUAUGGGUUGGAACGACAUGCAGAACUUCGUCAGAACUCCAUUCGAAAACCACCUUCUCUCCCUUCUGUACAUAAUGUUUUUAAUUCUCAUGACCACCAUUGUUGCCAUGAAAGCACAUGGAAUUAUCACAAAUCAUAGAGAGAGUGUGUUUAUUGGGAUCGCUGCUGGGUUUUCUAUUCCGGUUUGGAUUGCUUGGGGCCUCGUUGGAGGAUUGAACCGCGACAAUGCCUAUGCUCACGAGUAUGGUGACGCUUGCAUUGCAUUUGGGUUGUUUGCCACUGCAACCCUUUGUUUGUUUGCUCUCUUUUUGCCCAAAGUACGACAACUCGUCAACAUGGGUGUGGAAGGAAUUUAUCUUGAGGACGACCGUGAUACCUACUACGCAGGCUCAGUGGUCAUGGCUCCACCAAGCUAUAAGAGCAGGCCAAGCUCAAUGAUAUAUGUAAAUUCAGGAGAGUAUUCCAAUCCAGUUGUCAUUGGCAAUGGAGAUCCAAACCACCUAAAGCACCCAGGCAGUAUGUACAGUGGUCACAGUGCCCCUGUCUACACCAAACGGAACGAUCUAGGGGGCAGCCGGGUCCUACGCGUGACCGGGGAUCUUACGGGAAAACACCCCACCGAGCGUAGGCGUCCAGUGUCCGAAAUCGGCUACUCGGGAUACGCUAGCUCCUAUAGGAAAACCAGAUCCGAAAGCGGCGGAACACUUAGAAAGUCUCGCUCCGAACGUGAAUUAGGUGCACUUUGAAGAGAGAAAAGUAAAAAGAGCUUAUUUGGAAAGAAAGAAACAUUUUUAUGAAUCAGCUGCCAUAACUCCUAAACUUUGGCAUCUUUGAGAAAAUGACAUAAGUGUAGUUCAUUGCCUUAAAAAAUCGAUCAAAUAUGCCGAAGGUGUCCGGUUCCAGUGCGUGAAAAUUUCAAAAUAUGACUUGCCAAGUAUCCAGUGACAUAAAAGAUGUCAAUUCAACUGUUAUUUAAAUCUUCUUUCCAGAACUUAUACUAGUUCUUUUACAGUUUUCACCUGUAGGGUUUAUUUCAAUGCGAAUGAUUAAAAGUUCUUUAUUUCGACAUAACUACAAGUAACGAUUAACUGCAUAAUAUUAAAUCGUUAUCUCUGUUGAAGAAUCUCAUAUUUUUUUCAUAUAUGGAAUUCAUUUAAGAUCGUUAUUCUUGAUGUACGAUUUUUUUUCAUUAAUGAAGGUGUGUACAUGCAUAUACAUGUAUUUUGUACAUAACAGUUUAUAUCCAAUGUUUGACUGUAACAUGUUUACACUGUGUGUGCAUUAGUGCUUCUGUGAGGCGAGUGAAUGACUGUAAAUAUUAAUUAUCUUUUUGUACUCCAUCAUAAAGUCAUUUCUGACUCUGAAAACAAGUCAGACUGAUAAAAUACAGUGACCAAAAUUAUAAACCAAUUAUGAUUGAUUGUCGAACAAUUUGAAACGCGUGAUUUCUACUUUGCUUAUCAGAUUUGCACAUUAUAUGACAAUAUGUAUUAGGUGAGAUAUAGUAUAUAUUUAUAUGUAAUAAAAAUAUUUUGUUAAAAUGAACAAAA